UUGUUACUGUUUAUCCGUGCUCGUGGACCGCCAGGUUCGCUAGGGUUCGUGCUCAAAAUGGCAGCCUCCAUGCGACGUCUUUUGCCUGGCAACUGUGGUAGAUUUAUUCAAAAUGUGUUACCUAACGAGAGAUUGUUGGAAUCGAGGUACAGUAAAUCACAUGGAAAUACAUUUCAGCGCACCCUUCCGUAUGUUCAAUUCCGUAUGACCCAUUCUCCAAACACACCUGCUCCAUGGUGGACAAAAAAGCUCGACACAAGUGCACCGGAAGACCUGACCAGUGAUAAUGAGGCUUUUCUGCAAGAUAUGGUGGAGGAAAAGUACUCAGUAGACUCUCCCCUCAAAGAAGGCCCUUGGGAAAGAGCUGAUUGGACACCGAGAUCCGUGCGAUGUGGAUUAAUCUGCCGCAAAAUUGGUGUUAUUCCACAGUGGCUAAACAAUGGGAAAAAGUUUUACACAACUUUACUGCAGGUCGCUGACAACCACGUGAUCCGAUACACGCCGCCUGAGAUCAACAGAGAGCGGCGUAGGGGGAGCCGGACGCCGAACUUCGGCAUUCAGGUCGUGGGAGCAGAUAGUGCUGACCCACGUCUUUUCAAGGCUGAGUACCUGGGACUUUUCCAAGAGGCAGGUGUGAUGCCGAAACAUCACCUGUCUCGCUUCUUUGUGACGAGGGAUGCAGUAAUACAGCCAGGAACACAGCUGAACGCCAUGCACUUCAGUGUUGGAGACUUCGUUGACUGCCAGGCCAGAACAAUUGACCACGGUUAUCAGGGAGUUGUGAAAAAGUGGGGUAUGAAGGGAGGGCCUGCCUCCCAUGGUGCAACCAAAUUUCACAGAAAAAUGGGUGCAACAGGAGGAGGAGGGAACAUGGCAAGAAUCUGGCCUGGCAAGAAAAUGCCAGGACACAUGGGAAACGAGUGGAGAAUUCUGAAGGGACUGAAGAUAUGGCGCAUAAACACAAAGUACAAUGUGCUGUACGUACAUGGUCCCUGCGUGCCGGGCCCUCACCACUGCUAUGUGCGUGUGAUGGACACCAUCCUGCCACUCAGGAAGCGGAAGGGGGACGGGCCGAAACCACCGUUCCCGACCUGGUUCGCGGACGACUACAAGGACCAGGAAAUCCCCGAGGAGAUAUUUGACGAGAGUCUGCACAGGUUUACCGCGUCAAGCAUCGAGUUCGAGGAGGAGAAGUAGCAAGAGGGCGCCACCGUUGCAGCCCAUCAAGGCUGGUAGAGGACGGAGGUGUUCGAAAUUACAGUCCUGCGCGGUAUGUUCAUACCGUCAUGUAAAUAUUAGUUUUUUGUCCGACUGUGGAACACCAGUGUCGCUUGUGUGACCUACGUGAACAAAAUUAAUGAGCAAGGUUUCUGAGAAACGAGAGAAGUUUUCCUACGUGUAUUUUCAUUACAUGUAAUAUAUAAAUGCUUACCGAGAAAACAUUAAAACAUCAAAGCAUUGCUUAAACCAUCAA